AGUUAAAAGGUUAGAAACAAAAUGGCGGACCGCGGUGCAGCAGCGUCCACAGUGCAACGACCCGCCGGACACCAGGCGUGAUAUCUGGGUGUGUUUGAUGCUUCGUGACCGGUUCAGCUCGUCCGUGGACCCGGUGCUCGUCUGUCCGCCACCGACCGAGAGUCACCACCGACCGAGGGACUCACAUCCACACCGCGGCUGCGGUAACGACAGCUAGUGAACUACGGCGUCUCACGAGGAGACGAACGGAAGCUAACGACCCACUCGCCUCAGAGAGGAGCGGCUCCGUGGCUCCGUGGCUCCGUGGCUCGCUGCUGACCUCCGACGUCAUUGUGUCGCAUGAAGCGUGAACCUCGUUUCUUCCGGCGUCGCUGUUACAGUUGGUUUGUAACCGUCUGUGUGAGUCUGAGAGGAAUCGAGCUAGCAAAGUUAGCCCGGCGCGGCUAAUGACUCGGAGCAGCGAGACAAACAGCAUGUUGCAACUUCAGUCGAGGCUCCACGACGACGAGGACGACGACAACAACAACAACAACAACAACAACGACGACGAGUGAAGAUGAACAGGAAGAAGGAUAAAGGAUUCGAGAGCCCGCGCCCGUUCAAAUUGACCCACCAGGUGGUUUGCAUCAACAACAUCAACUUCCAGAGGAAGUCUGUCAUCGGCUUUGUGGAGCUCACCCUUUUCCCCACAGUGGUCAACCUGAACAGGAUCAAGCUCAACAGUAAACAGUGUCGCAUCUACAGGGUUCGAGUCAACGAGCUCGAAGCCCCGUUCAUUUACAAUGACCCCACGCUGGAGGUGUGUCACCAUGAGUCCAAGCAGAGGAACCUGAACUAUUUCUCCAGUGCCUACACAGCAGCAGUGAGCGCGGUGGACCCCGACGCAGGACACGGGGAGCUGGUCAUCAAAGUUCCCUCUGAACUCUGGAAACAAGGAGAUGAUUUGAAGGUUUUGAAGGUGUACAUAGAAUUUUCCCUGGACCAGCCAAAAGGAGGUCUCCACUUUGUUGUUCCUGAUGUCGAGGGCAGCAUGGCGGAGCGGGGCGCUCACGUGUUUUCCUUUGGAUACCAGAACUCCACCAGGUUCUGGUUCCCCUGCGUGGACUCUUACUCGGAGCUCUGCACGUGGAAGCUGGAGUUCACCGUCGACGCGUCCAUGAUCGCCGUGUCCUGCGGCGACCUGGUGGAGACCAUCUACACCCACGACAUGAGGAAGAAGACGUUUCACUAUGUCCUCCCCAUUCCCACGGCCGCCCCCAACAUCUCCCUGUCUGUGGGGCCCUUUGAAAUCCUGGUGGACCCCUACAUGCACGAGGUGACCCACUUCUGCCUGCCGCAGCUUUUGCCGCUGCUCAAACACUCCAUGUCUUACCUGCACGAGAUCUUUGAGUUCUACGAAGAGAUCCUGACGUGUCGCUACCCGUACGCCUGCUUUAAGACCGUGUUUGUAGACGAGGCCUACGUACAAGUGUCCUCCUAUGCGUCCAUGAGCAUCUUUAGCACCAACCUGCUUCACAGUGCCAUGAUCAUAGACCAGACCCCGCAGACCCGGCGCUGUCUGGCCCAGGCCCUGGCUCAGCAGUUCUUUGGCUGUUUCAUCUCCAGGAUGUCGUGGGCCGAUGAGUGGGUGUUGAAGGGAAUCUCCGGUUACAUCUACGGCCUCUACCUGAAGAAAACCUUUGGGGUCAACGAGUAUCGGCACUGGAUUAAAGAGGAGCUGGAUAAGAUUGUGGACUAUGAGCUUCGGAUGGGAGGAGUUCUGCUGCACCCGACCUUCAGUGGAGGAAAAGAGAAAGACAAUCCAACUCCCCACCUUCACUUCUCCAUCAAACACCCCCACACGUUGUCCUGGGACUACUACAAGAUGUUCCUGUGCAAGGCCCACCUGGUGAUGAGACUGAUCGAGAACAGGAUCAGCAUGGAGUUCAUGCUGCAGGUUUUCAACAAGCUCUUGAGUCUGGCCAGUACGGCCUCGUCCCAGAAGUACCAGAGUCACAUGUGGAGUCAGAUGCUUCUGUCCACUCACGCCUUCCUCAAGUCCAUCUCCAACGUCUCCGGCAAAGACAUAGGCCCACUCAUCAAACAGUGGGUAGACCAGAGCAGCGUGGUGAAAUUCUUUGGAAGUUUUGCCUUCAACAGGAAGAGGAAUGUGUUGGAGCUGGAGAUCCGUCAGGACUAUACCUCAGCUGGAACUCAGAAAUAUGUGGGUCCCAUCAAGGUGACGGUGCAGGAGCUGGAUGGCUCUUUCAACCACACACUGCAGAUCGAGGAGAACAGCCUCAAACAUGACAUCCCCUGCCACUCCAAGAGCCGACGAAACAAGAAAAAGAAGAUUCCUCUGAUGAAUGGAGAGGAGGUCGACAUGGAUUUGUCAGCCAUGGACGCCGACUCUCCUCUCCUCUGGAUCCGGAUCGACCCAGACAUGUCCAUUCUGAGGAAGGUGGAGUUUGAGCAGGCGGACUUCAUGUGGCAGUUCCAGCUGCGCUACGAGAGGGAUGUAGUCGCACAGGAGGAGUCCAUCUCAGCACUGGAAAAGUUUCCAACUCCUGCCUCUAGACUUGCUUUAACUGACAUCUUAGAGCAAGAACAGUGUUUCUACAAAGUCCGCAUGCAGGCCUGCUUCUGUUUGGCCACGAUAGCCAAUGCCAUGGUGAGCACUUGGCAGGGCCCGCCGGCCAUGAAGUCCCUGUUCACCAGAAUGUUCUGCUGUAAGAGCUGCCCCAACAUUGUCAAGACCAACAACUUCAUCAACUUCCAGAGCUACUUCCUGCUAAAGACGAUGCCGGUUGCCAUGGCGUUACUCAGAGAUGUCCAGAACCUCUGUCCCAAGGAUGUCCUCAACUUUAUACUUGACCUCAUCAAGUACAACGACAACAGGAAAAACAAAUUUUCAGAUAACUACUACCGCGCAGAGUUGAUCGAAGCGCUCACCAACUCUCUGACGCCAGCCAUCAGCAUUAGCAACGAGGUGCGGACGGUGGACAAUCUAAACGGCGACGUCCGUCUGAUCUUGGAGGAAAUCACCCGGUUCCUCAAUAUGGAAAAACUACUUCCCAGCUUCAGGAACACCAUCACCGUCAGUUGUCUGAAAGCAGUUCGUCAGCUUCAGAAGAACGGACACAUUCCCAGCGACCCGUCGCUGUUCAAGUCCUACGCCGAGUACGGACACUUCGUAGACGUGCGCGUUGCCGCACUGGAGGCUCUGGUGGACUACACGAGAGUGGAAAGAUGUGCCACAGAGCUGCAGUGGCUGCUCGUCAUGGUCCAGAACGACCCGACUCAUUAUGUCAGACAUAAGAUCCUGGGCAUGCUCAGUAAAAACCCACCGUUCACAAAGACAUCGGACUCGGCCCUGUGUAAUGAAGCACUGGUGGAUCAACUGUGGAAGCUCAUGAACUCAGGUACCUCACACGACUGGCGUCUGCGCUGCGACGCGGUGAAUCUCUACUACACAUUAUUUGGUCUGACGCGUCCCUCGUGUCUGCCACUGCCGGAGCUCGGCCUCGUGCUCAACCUGAAGGAGAAGAAAGCCGUUCUCAACCCGACCAUCAAGCCCGAGUUGGGGGUCGGUGCUGGCAUGGACACGGCUGCAAGUAUCGGUAUCCAUGGCGUCGGCAUGAGUUUCACAGCUGUUGAUGAAGAGCCAGAUCCUAUUUCAUUGGGGGUGUGUGGGGUGGGCCAGCCCCCUCAGGGUCUGAAGAGGAAGGCCGAGACCCCGCUGGGCUCCCCCCCGGAGCCGGGACAGAUCCUGCAGCAGCAGGACGAUGACGUCAGAGACGUCAGAGGAGCAGGGCGCUACAAGAUCAGGUUUAACACCAUGGAAGAGGAAGACAUUGAUAUGGAGACAGUUCAUGAUAGUCAGGCCUUCAUCCACCAACAUCUCAAUUUGUUAGAGAGACCGUCUACACCAGGUAAAGAGCCACUGUCCGUGGAACAGGCCAUGCUCUCCAUGCCCGCCACGCCGGUGCCUUCCUUCUCCAAAGAGACCACGUCUUCGUCCUCCAAACACGGCGGCGAGCACGGCGGCCACCACCAUCACCACCACCACCACGAGCACAAGAAGAAGAAGAAGAAGCACAAGCACAAACACAAGCACAAGCACAAACACGAGAGCAAGGAGAAGGAGCGGGAGCGGGACAACUCGCACGCCUACAGCAACAGCCCGGCCAGCGGCAGGUCGCUGCGCUCGCCGUCUCUGUCUGACUAAACGUCCUGAAGACGAGCGAGGGUCUGCAACAACCGCCUCUUCUGGAAUCCUGUGAGACGCAGAGUGGAGGCGGAGCAAGUUCAGGUGAACUCAACAUUCAUUUCUUAGCAAUGAAUGAAUGAAUGAGGUAGACUCAUUUGGAGAAUAUGUUAAAAAGGAGUACAAUGUUCAAGAGAUGAAUCGUCAGAUAAACAGAAAGAAGAAACAGCAGACUGUUUCAGCGUCAUCAAGGUAAACCUCGUGUUCACACGCGUCAAAUAGAGUCUGAUGCACGUCAGCCAGCAGAGACACCUCGUCCCACAGCUCAGUCCCAGCUUCAGUCAAUGGAUUGUUGGUGGUGAACAACAUUCAGUCUGAAAAGACAUUUCCUCGUCCGCUCACAGGAUCCAACAGGAAUUGUCACUGCACUGUACAACUAAAAACGUAAUAAUAACUAAUAAUGUAAUAUUAGUGUGUUUUUAAAAGAAACAACAGUCAUCGUUGAUUCAAGAUGCUUUUAUAUUCUUGGAUCCAGCUCCACUGGCACCGCUGCCCAAGGUCGAUCAUGUGGUUUCAAACAUGCAGGAUUCAAUAUAUCCACCAAUGAGAUGAACAGACGUGUUGAAAGUCUAAUUCAUGUGGUUAAGAAUAUUGUUCCCAUGUAAUCAGUCGGUUAAACCUUGUUUUUCCUAAAUGAGAUGAAUAAAUGUCGCCAUCUGAAUUUCCCAGUGAGUUUGUGAUAAGAGGUGACGAGUUCCCUUAUUGGUUGUUCUUAUUAAACAAUAUCCGACCCAAAAUAUGAGACAAUGUUGAUACAGUAAGAUAGAGAUUGUGAACAACAAGAAAUGUAGAUGAACCUGUUUGAUUUAGAACUCAGAGGUUCUGUGGGAAGUGAAGUCCAACCUGGGCCUCGUGUCGCUACAUUGUCAUUUGUGUUGAAGGUUGUUUUUUUAAUAAAUUUGAUAAAAUAA